AUGGCUGAGAUAACUUUUGUGAGUCCGAAGCUUAUCAAGCAUUAUCCGCUCAAGCUCGAGCCUCAGGCUGUCACUGCCGAGAUGAGGGUCUCGGUCCUGCUCGCAGCCCGCAAAGUGGCUUGGAGAUUCCAGGGGCUGCACAGUGCCACAGUUUUUAAGAACAUAGGGCCAAAACCCACUGGAAGCUCUGCGCCCGCCGCUCCAAGCGUGGACUACCAGCAUGCCACCGCCUACCCCGGCCCAGCCGGCCACUUCGUGGCCCAUGGUCAAAACCACCGGCCCAAUGGCAGCAGUGUGAGCCCCGAGCCAGGCUCCUCACGCCUGGCCUCGCGCGGGCCAGUGGCUCCGGAUGCACCACAGCCGCCUUUCCCAGAUGGUGCGAGUGGACCACGGUCGGACGCCGGGCACCCGGAGGGCUCCAGCACAGUGAAGGUGAAGCUGCCCUGCCAGACCCUCCUUCCGCAGCCGGAGCAAGGGCCGUCGGCGGCCGAGCUGAAGCUGGAGGCACUGACCCAGCGCCUGGAGCAGGAGAUGGAUGCUCGGCCGAAGGCCGAUUACUUUGGCACCUGUGUGAAGUGCAGCAAGGGCGUGUAUGGAGCAAACCAGGCUUGCCAGGCCAUGGGCAACCUCUACCAUGACGGCUGCUUCACCUGCGGAGCCUGCAGUCGAAAGCUGAGAGGAAAAGCCUUUUAUUUUGUCAAUGGCAAGGUGUUCUGUGAAGAAGAUUUCCUGUAUUCUGGUUUCCAGCAGUCAGCUGACAGGUGUUUCAUUUGUGGUCAUUUGAUAAUGGACAUGAUCCUGCAGGCUCUAGGAAAAUCAUAUCAUCCAGGCUGCUUCCGAUGCGUGGUCUGCAAUGAGUGUCUGGACGGUGUGCCAUUCACUGUAGACUCUGAAAACAAAAUCUACUGUGUCAGAGAUUACCACAAAGUUUUAGCUCCAAAGUGUGCAGCAUGUGGACUUCCCAUUCUGCCCUCCGAGGGGUCCGAUGAGACCAUUCGGGUUGUGUCCAUGGACAAGGAUUACCACGUGGAAUGUUACCACUGUGAGGACUGUGGGAUGGAACUGAACGAUGAAGACGGGCAUCGCUGUUACCCACUAGAUGAACAUUUGCUUUGUCACUCCUGUCAUCUGAAACACAUAGAGAACGGCACAACCCCAGCAGCUGUGUACCAGCACCACUACUAGUCAGCGUGACCUGUAACGGGAAAGCUGGGACAGAAGACUUGUUACAUCAUCUCCCUCUCCCCACCCUCAGUUGAUUUCCUGUGCAUGUUUUUUGCCAGUCGGCAAUGUUCCUGUAAAAGGAUAUGAGAGAUUUUUGCUGGAUUCCCAGAGUUUGUAUGCUUGUGAGUUCCAGCUGUAUCAAACCAUGUCUCCCUGACCAAGAAUGUGGCAUGUUAUCUAAAGUGAUCGGUUUACUUUUACGUGCCUUUUUCUGCUCUCUGGAGAUUCAUCUUCGCUCAUUUUGGAAGGAUUCUUCAGGGAAAGCACAAUUUGCUGUCAUGCCUAUGAACUCAGAUCGUGCCGUGCACAAUUAAAAAGCCAGAGGCUGGCUUGCCUGCCUGCCUGCCGGGGACAUCCCGGCAGCCUACUAAGUGUUUCCUGACAAGCACAUUUCAUCAGAUUCCCUGAAGGACAUCAACCUAUUAAUACCAGUUUUUUAGACACUCUCUCUUUUUAUUAAUUCUUUAGGAAAAGAAA